GUGUGUCUGAAGCUCCAGAGACCCAACCUACCGCAGCGAGGUCCGGGUGUGUGUGAAGGCUCACGAUGACACACUGCGGUUUUGCUCUCUUCGCAAACAGCCGGUUGUCUGGACUUGCUUCCUCCGCUCUUCUUUAUUCUCUACAAACAGGUUCUCCGUCAAGGCGGCCGCUUAGAACGACCGACGCUGCCGUCCUGUCUGUCUCUCCCUCAUCCUCUCCUGUUAUUUACCUGCCAUUUGCAGUCUCGUGGCUUUUGCUUCCUGCUUCCUGGUUCCUGUUGUCGUAUCUUUGGUGUGUUGGUCACGGACUGGGCGUGGUGUUUCAGUGUCUGUCGAUUCGAACGCCGACGCUGCCCCGAGGCUGCGUCCACGUGAAUCCGGAUAGAUGUGAAAACGCAUCUUUUUUCCCCUCUUGGUUUUGGCCUGGUUUUUUCGAAAACGCUCUCCCAAGCGGAUACAUUUGAAAACGCUGUUUUCCGUGGUGUCGCGUGGACCGAGAAAACGGAGAUAUUCCAAAACAACGAUGUAUUUGUAGUCACGUGAUGCAGUCACGUGACCCGUUCAACUCGCAACGAACAAGAUGGUGGACGGGGUAGUACUGCGGUUGUAGUGUAGCUUUGUUAAAGAAUAAUGUCACUACAAUAUACCACCUUCAGACCAGAGCUUCUAACGUUGUCUACGCAUGCGCAGUAGACGGAGAGCGUUUUAAAGCGAAAACGCAGUUUAUAGAUCUAUCCGGAUUAACGUAGACAUAACCUUAAAUAGACACCUGCGGUACGUCAUCGUCAUCAUCAUCGUCAUCAGCAUCCACCGUCUUGUUUGUUCAGAGUUGAACGGGUCACGCGACUAAAAAUACGUCGUCGUUUUUUGAACAUCUUCGUCUUGUCGGUCCACGCGACACCACGAAAAUAACGUUUUCAGUUAUCCACUUGGGAGGGCGUUUCCGGAAAGCUCCGUUUUUUUCGCCGGACAAAACCGCCGUCUCGGUGUGCACGGAAGGACAAAACGUAGAGGUGCGUUUUGAGAUUUAUCCGGAUUAACGUAGACGUGGCCUAAAAAACUCCAGUGCUUUUCCUCGAUAUCACCGCGUCAAUUCAAACACACGGAAGCGCCAGCGUAGGCCGAGUGUGUUGAAAUGAAAAUGCAGUCUUCGGAUCUAUCCGGAUUAACGUGGACGCCGCCUGAAGAGAGAAAGGAACAAACAAAAACCGAGGACAUCAAGUGGUGUCUAAAAGUCACAGUUUGACAAGUUUCAGCUCCGCCCCUUUAACUUAAAAGGCAGCUUAUGUUAUCGGAUCUCCUCCUGAAGACUUCCUGCAUCAGUGUUCUGAAAAAAAGUUCUGACACUGGAGACUCCUUCCAAAACUGAACAUCUCCUAACAGAAAACUUCGCCAUGUCAAUGAAUACACACUUUUUUUUUAUUGUUUUAAUUUUAUUUAUUUUAAUUUUUUUAAGUCAGUUUAUGUGGAGAGUUCAGUGUACAAGUCCCUGUGUUGGAUGUUAUUCACCACCUUCUGUGGGGCUCUAAGGGCAGUUCUGUGACGCUCUCUGUCUCUCUUUCUGUAGGUUCUCUGUCGAGUGUCCAGCUCAAUGGUUCUGGCUCUAAAGGAGGACGUAAAGAGGACGACUCUCGCUCACAGAGCACGGACGGAGGGAGCGAGUGCUGGGAGGAUGGACCGGCCAAAAAGAGACCCAGACUGCAGGCCCAGAGGAAAUUUGCUCAGUCUCAGCCCAACUCUCCCAGCAGCACGCCGGUGAAGAUGGCCGACGCGUCACUGCCCACGCCAGCCACGCAGAUCACCGAUCUCUCCAGACGCAAGCCCAAGACCGAGGACUUCCUCACGUUCCUCUGCCUCCGAGGCUCCCCGGCUUUACCCAGUAACAUGGCCUACUUCGGCAGCUCUCAGGAUGAGGACGAGCUGGAGGACGAUGACGAAUGCGAGGAGGAGAAGCCGCCCAGCGUGGCAUCCACGUCAUGCCAGUCCACACCACGGAAAGGCAAACCUCCCGGCAGACUCAACGGACAGGUGUUUAAUGGCCACGCUAAGCUGAUGAAGGAGAGGGAGAGCACGCUGAGGCCCAAACUCAGAGAGUCGUCAAUCGGGAAGGAGCGCUCGGAGCGACUGGAGGAGUGGAGAGACGUCCCACAAUCCACCACAAGCAGAACUCACACCUCCAAUGGAGUCGGCAUUAAAGGAACCACAGAGGAACUACGCAAGCAGGUCAUUAAAGUGAAUGGCUUUUCGCAGCCAGCUCCUGCGAACGUGGCCACUGCCAAAAAGUCAAAAGACUGCCGCCUACCCUCCAGAACUGUGAAGUACACGGCCACCGUGACCAAGGGCCACGUCACCUACACCAAAGCGAAAGGAGAACUGGUAAAGAAAGCCAAACUGAACCACAGCAAACAUUCUGCUGCUGCUGCUGGCGGUAAUCAGCAUCCAGCCAGCAACGGGCAUGGUGCCCAGCCCCCUCACUCAGGGAAAGCCCCAAGUGGCAAUGCAAAAACCCGAAAACAGGUGCUGUUAUCAAACGGGCUGCAUGGUGCAGCCAAUGGGGGCGCCAGUGUUCGCUUCAACGGGAAGGUCAAUGGACUCCAUGGCUCCAAGGAGGAAGAGUUGGAGAACGAAGGCCGGCAGGGGCGGCAUGGUCUGCGCAAUUCCAAACGCAGGAUGGAUACAGGAUCGGAGGUUAUGGAGCCGAAGUCCAAGGUCUUGUUCUCAGAGGCUAAAAAGCCUAAACUGGCGUCACUUCCUGUAGUGGAGACGCGCAGCAAGAAGGUGCUAAACCAGGACAAGGCUGCAGCUGCCCUUGCUAACGGGCACAGCAUCACGGAAACAGCUGCCUCACCCACACCAAAAACAGGCCCCACCCCUGCUCCAGCCUCACCAGCUGCGCCAGGCUCCGCUCACCAGAGCCCAGCCAAUCCGGAGCCGGCAAGGCAACGGCCCAAGCGUGCCACAGCCGGGAGGCUGAUGUUCAUCCAUAGAGUGCAGCAGAGGACCAAGAGCUGGCACGCUAACUCUAAUGCUAACACUACCUCAACCAGCAGGCUCUUGAGAGGGUCAGAGCCUCAGAGCACACCUCAGCGGGUGGAGCGGGAACGUGAGAGGGAAAAGGAGCGGGAAAAGGAGCGUGAGAGAAGCCGGGCAGGCCUGGCAGCGCUGUCUGAGGUUCCCGUAUUGAGGCCCAACUCACGGGAGUUUCAGGAUCCACUGGUGUACCUGGACUCGGUGCGAGAAUGCGCAGAAGCGAGUGGGCUGUGCCGAGUGGUCCCGCCUCCCGACUGGCGUCCCGAGUGCAAGCUAAAUGACGAGAUGCGCUUCGUCACACAGGUGCAGCGGGUGCACAAGCUCGGCCGUCGCUGGGGCCCCAACGUCCAGAAACUCGCCUGCAUCAAGAAACACCUCAAAUCUCAGGGCAUCAGCAUGGAGGAGCCACCAGUCAUCGGAGGCUGUGAGGUGGACCUGGCACGCUUCUCUGAGCUGGUCAGCGACAUGGGUGGCAUGCAGCGGGUGAUGGAUCUGAAGAAGUGGAGCCGUUUGGCGGAUCUGCUCCGGAUCCCGAGGUCGGCCCAGGAACGGCUGGCCAAGCUCCAGGAGGCCUACCUGCAGUUCCUGCUGUCCUACGACCAGCUUUCUCCGCACGAGCAGCGACGCCUCGAGCAUGAAGUGCUGGCCGAGAAGGAGACGCUGGAGCGCCGCCGGGGGCCCCUGGAGGGUCACUCGGAGAGCGGGAACGGCCACGCCCUGGCACUGCCACGAUACGAGCCCAAGAAUGGGCUCCACGGACCGGGCAAGGAGACGGAGACGCCGCGUAACCCCGGACGCCGUCGACUCUUCUCUCACGAGAAGAAAAAAGAGGGUCGAGUAGAAGAGGAAGGAAAUGACGGGGUUCUCGGCGACCAACACAAGUGUAUUUAUAAGGGGCGAUCAGUGUCUUUGACCACCUUCUACAGAAUAGCCCGGAACGCGAUGAUGUGCUUUAAUAAGGAACCCGGAGCAUCAGAAGUUGAGCAAGAGUACUGGCGAAUAGUGGAGCAGAGGGACUGCCACGUAGCGGUGCAUUAUGGGAAAGUGGACACGAGCACGCACGGAAGCGGCUUUCCUGUGGGCAAGUCCGAGCCGUUCUCAAAACACGGAUGGAACCUCACUGUCCUCCCUCACAACUCCGGCUCCAUCCUGCGCCACCUCGGUGCCGUGCCCGGGGUGACUGUUCCCUGGCUGAACAUUGGCAUGGUCUUUUCUACCUCAUGCUGGUCCCGAGACCAAAACCGCCUUCCAUAUAUUGAUUACUUACACACUGGUGCUGACUGCAUUUGGUAUUCGAUUCCUGCUGAGGAGAAAGCUAAGCUUGAUAAUGUAGUGCACACGCUGCUGCAGGCCAACGGCACACCGGGACUCGAGAUGCUGGAGAAGAACAUAAUGAUCUCUCCGGAGGUGCUGAGUCGCGAGGGGAUUAAAGUUCACCGCACGGUGCAGCAGAGCGGACAGUUCGUGGUGGUUUUUCCCGGCACAUUCGUCUCCAGAGUGUGUUGUGGGUACAGUGUGUCGGAGACGGUGCACUUCGCCACGCCCCAGUGGAUGAACCUGGGCUACGAGGCUGCCAAGGAUCUGAAAUGCAGGCGCAUCGCUAAGCCCUUCUCCAUGGAGAAGCUGCUGUACCAGAUCGCCACGGCCGAGGCCAAACGAGAGAAUGCACUUCUGCUGAGUACAAUCUCCUCUCUUCUCAAAGAUCUCAGGAACAUAGAGAUGAGGCAGAGGCAGGAGCUCUACGAGGCCGGUCUGCUCUCCUCCGCCCGCUACGGCACUCACGAUAACGGGCUCGCAGACAACAGGAAGAAACCACGCAAGUGGCCGGCGCUUGAGUCGUCCGAGAGACGCUGCCAGAUGUGCCAGCACCUCUGUUACCUGUCCAUGGUGGUGCAGGAGAACGAGAACGUGGUGUUCUGUCUGGAGUGUGCACUGCGCUAUGUGGAGAAACACAAAUCCUGCCGUGGCCUGAAGAUGAUGUACCGCUACGACGAGGAGCAGAUCAACAGUUUGGUGAAUCUGGUGUCCUGUAAAGCCAUGAAGAGUUCAGCGGAAAGCUGUAACGGCUCCAGUCCUAACAAAACCCCGACCAAGCGCCGCCCGAGGAAGAGCGCCUCCUUAGAGCUGACUCUCACCCGCUUGGGCAAAAACGCCACCGUGGUCGUCUCAUGAGAGAGAAAGAGAGAGAGAGAGAGAGAGACGUCCCGCUCUGAGCUCCUGAGAUCUGCUUUUAACUAAUCACCUCUCUCUCACCCUAUCUCCGUCACGAUGUCUCUCUCAGACACGGAUCUUCUGCCUCCUACAGUACAGCGAAACUUGCUGUGUGCGAGCGAGCUGCCUUUUUUGCACUAGAGCGAAAGAAGGUUUUCUUUGGAUUUGUUUUUUUUACAUAUAUAUUUUUUUAUUUUAGUUAGCAUUAAGCUCCAUGCUCCCCAGUCUGAUUACUGGAGCUAGACAGAUGUCGUCCUCUCGCACGAACCCUUUUUUUUUUUCUUUUUUCUUUUUUCCUCCUCAUCCUCGGCCCUGUCGACUGCAUACACACUCAGCCUGAACUGUGAAUUGAGACACGUUGGUGCUCCUCUUUUUGUUAUUUUUUUAUUUCUGUGUCAAGAUUCCAGAGACGCAAAUGCCGUUCGCUCGGCCUGGACUGCUUAGUUCUGUUUUUGUUUGUUUGUUUGUUUGUUUGUUUGUUUGUUUUUCUCUUUUUUUAAAAAAAACAACAAAAAAACAAAAACUGUUUUUAAACGACUGAGUUUGACCUCUUUGAGUUGGAUGCAAAGGCGAGGUAACACUUGAAAGCGAGACUUGUUUUUAUUUCGUUUUUUAAACAUGGGAUGGUUUUAAUUCGACGGGUGGGGACGUGACGAGCUCCUGCGCUGACACUAUCUUACCCGUGCCUGAUCUUCAGCCGAGGAGCCUCCCGUCUGAUUCUUUGGUGCUGUUUUAUUUUUAUUAUUAUUUUUAUUCGUUUUUUUUUUUUUUUUUUUUUAACAUCAAUACACAAAGCAAAGGUAAAUGAAAACGCUGCCUUCGGUGGCUUUCCACUUCGACAUGUGCAAUCGUGUUAACAUUCCACACUUCCUGACUUAUCAUUUCAUCUGCACCAGUUAACAUUAAUUAUUAUUAUUAUUAUUAUUAUUAUUAUUAUUAUUAUUAUUAUUAUUACUGUAAUUAUUAUUAUUUGUGUUUUUUGACCAUUAUUUCUUCCACAUUUUGGAUGAUCUCAAGUAGAGCCACUAGGCAAAGAGUGUAUAAUGUGAAAUUGAUUUUCUCUUCUUCUUCUUCUUCUUCUUCUUCUUCUUCUUAUUUUUGUCUUAUGAGUGAUUUCUCAAAGGAUCCCAUAGACUUUUUUUUUUUUUUUUUGUACAUAAUCCUGUAAAUGUCUUUAAAUACUUGAGCCGCUGCGUCGAGGUGCCAGAAAGAGGAAACGAAACGAAAAACACGUGAUGAAGAAACAGCCUUACCUUUCCGUUUCUUCAUCCGACCGGUGUGUGUGUGUGUGUGUGUGUGUGUGUGUGUGUGUGUGUGAGUGUGAGAGAGAGAGAGAGAGACGCGUACAGGGUUCCUCUGGCAUUGUGGAGAAAAUCUGAAGUGCUGCUUAUAUCGCUGAUAAAUAAGAUAUGGAGUAGCGAUGCCCCUCCCCCUCCCCCUCCCCUUCAUCCCAGGUUACUUGGUUUUGUUUUUUAGCUUUACUUUUUUAAAGAAAAGGGAGAGAAAAAAAAAAACCUACAAAAAACAAAAAAAAAAAAAGGUUUUUACAUUUUCAUUACUGAAAAUUCAAUGAUGAUGUAGCUACUCAUGUUGCACUGAGCUUGCCAGUGGUGACUGUCAAGGAAAAAAACAAAACAAAAACCCUAUAAUCCAGUUUGAUGGUUGUCGUCCUUUCCAGAAGACUGAACUGUUUUAGGACUAUUUAAUGAAAACAAAGUCAGGUUUGUUUGUUUUUUCAACAGGAAUAAAAACACGGUUGUUGAGUUUGUAUGGCCUUACGAUGUAUUUUAUUCACUUUUUUGCUGUUUGUUUUGGGGUUUUUUUGUUUUGUUUUUCCUGAAAGGUUGUAUGAAAGAUUUGCUAAGCGUCUGGCAAAGUUAAUUUAUUCUCACAGCGUCUCAGCCUUUCCACACACGGGAAGAUUUCAUGUUUGUUAUAUUGUUUAUUUUGUUGUUUGUUUGUUUGGUUUUUUUUUUUUUACUUUUCAAGUUUGUACUCAAGGUUUAAUAAAAACGUAUGGAAAA